GGGGAGUUCGUAAACCGCUAGAAAAAAAUAAUUAGCCGCACCUCGACCUAGACAUGAAUCGUUUAUAUAUUUGAUCCGGAAUGAUCUCGACGAGACAGUAGGUACCUUUGAGAGAUACUGUCUGGCACUCUUCAUCGCCUCGCCACAAAUCAAUCGGCCGUUAUUUAUCGCCUCGACGUCGUCGUCGCCAUAUCGACCCAACGAUGGAUACUCUGGACAAAGCACAGAGUUACAAGCUGCCUUCGACGCUUUCGAUCACGCUAAAAAAGGAUGCAUAAGCACUGACAUGGUCAGCACGAUAUUGGUGAUGCUUGGCCACGAGCUGGAGGAAGGAACGCUGGCAGAUAUCAUCGAGGAAGUGGACGAAGAUGCGUCGGGAGAGCUCGAUUUUGUUGAAUUUUGCACCCUGGCUGCGCGUUUUAUCGAGGUUGAAGAAGACACGGAGGCGAUCGAGCAGGAAUUGAGAGAAGCAUUCCGACUUUACGACAGAGAGGGAAACGGCUACAUAACGACCGACGUUUUCAGGGAUAUUUUGCACGAGCUUGACGACAACAUUUCCGAAUACGAGCUCGACAUGAUGAUCGACGAGAUCGACGCCGACGGUUCGGGGACCCUGGAUUUUGAAGAAUUCAUGGCUGUGAUGACGGGGUAGGAGAGAAUCGCUUUAUCAACUACCGAAAGAUUCGAUCGAUCUCUUCGCAAAAAAAUCAAGAGUCUCGAGCAGAUUAUCCACCUCUUUUACACACAAGAAAUGUGAUAAUCAUAUAAUUAUAUUAUUUAUGCAAAUAAUUUUUAGUUUCGGUAAUAUUUUAAUAUUUAUACAAUACAUUAUACAGUUUAUACGCUUCUACAAUACAGCUGAUUGCUAGUCUUUAGGUAUUAUAUUGUGUACUUGCACCGAUGCCAACGUCUUAUUAUAUACGUGUUACGAAUAAACUAUAUUGUAAUAAUUUCUUUAUUGUUUUUGGUUUUUGAGGAAAAACAUAUGUUCUUC